UUUGAUUAAAUUCAGUAACUUGGCCGGCAUUGUUUCAAUCUUUGCAGACGACUAUUAAAGAUGCCGCCUCAAAUUUUCUUCCAUUUAGUGUGGACUAAAACGAACCCAAUCACCAAUGAAGAUUAUCCUUUAAUGGAAGACCGCCCACGCACAUUUAAUUUGCCUUUUUUUACGUUAUAGUUUUAGUAAAAAUAUCUGAGACCUCUGCCCCCCUUAAAAUUCUUGGUCCGAUUAUAAGUUUGUGAAACUUUAACUUUAUGGUUUUAUCACUAAUCGCCGCGUUCACCUUUCAGGUUGAUCCAGUGAAGACAUCGUCAAUUUUUUUCGCCCAAAAGAUUGAAGAACUUGCAUUGUCCCAGCAACUCGGCCCCGACGUUCAAAAAUGAGGACUUCCCGAUUGUUGGUAAUGCUAAUUGCAGCUGGUUGUUGUGCUAUUUUGUGCAACGGAUCUCAGUCUUGUGGUUUACUACAUCAGAAUGUUACAAAGGGAAUUGACAGAGUGUUAGUCACUGAACGUCAUUCGUUUGGAGCAGACUUUAGGAACUUUUGUCUUUCCUAUGAAAAAGAGAAGUGGCUGAGCUUAACAAAAGGAGCUGUCUGCUUUGGAGGGACUGGCAACGAAUAUGCCUCCCUUGUGGUACCAAUAGAGGGCUUCCUAAUGUCAGUCAAAUUGACCCACGUCAGUGGACUCAGCUCAUGCAAAAGAAAUUCUCCCCAAUAUAACAGUAACUGGGGUUGCUCUCGCAAUCAUCCUGAACACGGCAGAUCGCCCUUUAACGUUGUCGUAACGACGGCACCCAGAAAUGACAUUCUCUUUCCGACACAUUUUUUUCUCCAACACAACAAGGGAUCCUAUUGGUACGACAAACCACAAGUGGACCCUCACUCACCGGAAAUAAUCCUUACAGAUGCAUCAAAUCCCAUUUAUGUUGCUAUGGGCCAAGAGCUCCGUGUGUGGUUCGGAGAAGACCUUUUGAAGUCUGGUGUGAAGAAAAAAGGAGGUAAAGUCUGUAUAACCGCGCAAGCCUGGUACAAGCAUUGAGCUGUCUAGAUGUCACGUGACCAAUUAAUGCAUAUGU